AUGUCGACGCGACCGGCUGUCUUGUCCCUUUACCGACGCUCCCUGAAGCUCUCGCUCGACUGGGCUGUCAAUCGCCAGUUAUGGCGCGGCCAGGCCCUCUACAUUCGCUCCCUGUUCGAAAAGAACCGCGACGUGCACGAUCCUAGGCAACUACGGGUGCUUUUGAGAGAGACGGAGAAGCUCCUGGAUCAUUGGAAACAUCCCGACCCCUUCGUUCCCCCACUUUCUCCCGGAGGCUCAAAAUACGAGAGGAACCUGCCUGCUCACAUUCUGGACCCUCCUCCGCCGCUGAAGUUCUGA